CUCUGGGUCAGGUGACAAACUAGGAAGUGAAAGACUGAGAUGAAUUAUAAUUCUAAGAAAUGAAAGCGAUCAGAACCAAGAGUUUUGUGGAGCGAACAAAUUAAUAAAACCUACAGAUUUCAGUUUUAAGGACUCACCGUAAAGAAAGUAUGGAGGAUGAUGAACUUUCGUCAGCGAAUGGGAUGGCUUGGCGUGACACUCUACCUGCUGCUUAGCAUGGCGCUGGUUUAUUAUGUGUUUGAGGUGCAGCGCUUUAGUCUGGAGCACGUGCACAGUGCAGCUGCAGGACCGUCACCUCCUGCACCCGCCCUUGGCUGGAGUCAGAGCCUUCAUGCUCAGCUGCCGUCAUUUCCUGCCUGGUUGUGGGCAUUGCUCUUCCUGCUGUUGUACCUGCAGGUCUUCCUUUUCGUCUUCUCCUGCACACGGGCUGAUCCCCAUGCCAUUGGUUACUGCGUCCUGCCUGUGUGCCUUGCUCUUCUCUGCAGCCGCCAGCACGGCAACAGCAAGUCACCCAAUCAGCUCAAACAGCUGCAGCUGAUUGACACCUAGAGUG